GUCUUCGAGUCUAAUGCCUACUAUUGCAAAUUGUUUCUCAAGAGCUAUAUUUCAUGCAUUGAAAAAGAAGGCUACGAGCUUCUGGAAGCAUUGUACGAGGUCUACUGUGAUCCAAAAAUUCUCAACGCAAAAGAAUUGGCACCUACAGAUACCAUUACUAUCCACUACCCUAUUGGUGGAUUCGACUCGGUUCCAACCACCGUAGUGAGCAUAAAAGAGACUCCUAAAAUCAUAUCAGGCAUAAAUACAACUGGUUUGCGUACUUGGGAAGCUGCACUUUUUCUCUCCAAUUACUUGAACAAUUUCCAGAAUCCUCCAUAUGAUUUUGGUAAUAAAACUAUUCUUGAACUCGGCGGAGGCACUGGUCUUGUCAGUCUUGCCUUAUUGAAGUAUUAUAGUAAUCAUAUCAGAGAAAUUCGUGAUUUGGUCCUUACAGAUGGUGCUGUUUCUGUAUUCGACAAUUUCAUUGAGAAUACAAAGUUGAACGGCAUCAAUGUUCACGAUGACAUUUGGUGCAAGCAGCUUCUAUGGGGAACAACGAACCCAGAGGACAAGGAAAACUUUACCCAAGACCCAAUUGACGAUGUGGACGUGAUUGUAGCGGCUGAUGUCACUUAUGACUCAACCAUUCUUGAGCCAUUGUGUUCGACGAUUCACGAUUUCUUCAGACAAAGCAAUACAAAAGUUGCCAUUAUAGCUGCUACAGUAAGAAAUGAAGAAACCAUUGCCAACUGGGAAAAGGAGUUGGAUAAGUGGUUUGGCAAGGAUAGUGAACAUGGUUCUUGGACAGUCAAGCAUCAUUGCAAGGAGCCAGAAAAAGUACACGGUCAUGUUUGGUUCAGAAGGAACACUCCCGAGAUUCGAAUCUACGAGAUCCAGAGCAAAUUAUAA